GCGAGGGUCACAUGACUUGUGCUCGGAAAAACACCGAUAUUUGUGGCUCUCUACUGUUUAUAGGAGACUAUAGUUACAAUUAUCCGCCAUGGAUAAUGAAUAUUAUUUAGAAUUAAGCGAAAACCCGGUCCAGUUCGAAAAUGCUUCGACCGUCAACAAUGUAUUUUUCGACGAGGCUAAUAAACAGGUGUUUGCUGUGCGAUCUGGUGGUGCUACUGGAGUAGUCGUGAAGGGGCCAGAAGACAAAAGCCCAAUUGCUUUCAGAAUGGAUGAUAAAGGUGAGGUGAAAUGCAUCAAAUUUUCAUUGGGGAACAAAAUCUUAGCUGUUCAGCGGACUCCAAAAUCAGUGGAUUUCAUUAACUUCAUCCCUGAUUAUCCUCACUUGGAAUUCUCCCAUGAAUGUAAGACCAAGAAUGCCAAUGUUCUGGGAUUCUGUUGGACUAACUGGAAUGAAAUUGUUUUUGUCACUGACCAAGGAAUCGAAUUUUACCAGGUGCUGCCCGAUAAGCGAACGCUGAAGAUGUUGAAGAGCCAGAGCAUUAAUGUGAACUGGUAUAUUUACUGCCCAGAGACUGCAGUCCUUCUGCUUUCCACUACUGUUCAAGGCAAUGUUUUGCAGCCAUUUGCUUUCAAAAACGGGACAAUGUCAAAAAUGUCAAAGUUUGAAAUAGAGCUGCCAAUGGUCCCCAAACCAGCCAAACUUAGCCUUUCUGAAAGGGACAUCGCAGUAGCCUCCAUUUAUGGUGAAGUCUAUGUGAUGUACCUCAAACAUCACUCCAGAAGCACCAACAGCUCAGGAGCAGAAGUAGUUCUAUAUCACUUACUCAGAGAAGGACCCUGUAAGAAGAUUCAUGUGUUGAAACUGAACACCACAGGCAAGUUUGCUCUGAAUGUUGUGGAUAAUCUAGUUGUGGUGCAUCAUCAGAGCUCACAGACCUCCAUUAUCUUUGACAUCAAGCUAAGGGAGCCAGAUUGUGCUAUGAAUGUUCACCAACCUGUGCUCCCUGCACGAUCAAUCCACCCUUGCAAGAUUCCUCUCACAGGACCAACAGCUGCCCCUAGUCAGGCUUCGGUGCCAUGUGAGCUCUACUCAUCAACCUGGAGUGUCUUUCAACCAGAUAUCAUCAUCAGUGCAAGUGAGGGGUAUCUGUGGUACCUUCAGGUGAAGCUCCAGCCAACAGUGAAUCUUCUUCAAGACAAAGGCAAACUAAUGGACUUUUUGCUGCGCAGACGUGACUGCAAAAUGGUCAUCCUGUCCGUUUGCUCACAGAUGCUUGAAGGUGGAGAGAAAGGGAACUUACCUGUGGUGGCCACUGUGUUUGAUAAGCUUAACCAAGUGUAUAAGGAGUAUCUGGAGGCAGAGCAAGCGUACACUGUGGCUAUGGAAUCGGGGCCCAGUCGCUUCAGCAACUCCUACAAAAGACCAGUUCGUACACAAGCAGUCAUAGACCAGUCAGACAUGUACACUCACGUCCUCUCUGCAUUUACUGAGAAGAAGGAUGUGUCCCAUAGGUUCAUCAUUGCAGUUCUCAUGGAAUACAUUCGCUCACUCAACCAGUUCCAAAUCACAGUUCAGCACUACUUGUAUGAGCUAGUUAUCAAAACUCUUGUCCAGCACAAUCUCUUCUACAUGCUUCAUCAGUUCCUUCAGUAUCAUGUGCUGAGUGACUCCAAACCACUGGCUUGUCUGCUGCUGUCAUUGGAGAGCACAUAUCCUCCAGCCCACCAGCUCUCUCUAGAUAUGCUCAAGAGACUCUCCACAGCCAAUGACGAGAUUGUGGAGGUGCUCCUGUCAAAGCAGCAGGUCCUUGGAGCUCUUCGGUUUGUCCGCAGUGUCGGUGGCCACGACAACGUCUCAGCACGCAAAUUCCUGGAUGCUGCACGACAGACCAAUGAUACCAUGCUAUUCUACACAAUCUUCCGCUUCUUUGAGCAAAGAAAUCUGAGAUUACGUGGCAAUCCUGCUUUCAACCAAGGUGAGCACUGUGAGGAGCAUGUUGCUUACUUUAAAGAAGUGUUCGGGGAGCAAACACUGAUGAAAGCUGCAACUGUCUGAAGAGAUAAAGUGAGAUUUACUGGCCAAGGUCCUGAACGUUUACAAAUUAGCCUGUUGGAUGGAGCUGGAAAGCGCACAGGGCAUAUUUUACAGCACAUUUAGCCUCCAACCAAGUGAGCAAGAACACUUUUAUAACAACGAAAUCUCUGAAAUUCUCGGAAAUCUAACAAUGCUAUGGUGGCCACCUAAUACCAUCUUGUUUAACUAUAUGCCUGAAGAUCAUAAGCACUGUGGAUUCCGUUUAAUUAGGCACACCUGCAUGACAUUAUUGAUUACUGUACUGUGCAGCCAGUCAAUGACAGAAAUAAUACUGUAAAAAAGUUACAGAUCAUAUUAGUCAGUUUGACUUGUUGGCUCUUAAAAUUAAGGAUUGAGGCUCUAUUAAGGCUCUUUUCACAUCACACGUUUUUUUGCAGUUUUCAUAACUUAACAAAAAAGAUCAUGGUGAAUACUUACCAGUAUAAAGUUUGGCGUGGAUUAUUUGGACAAAAACAUUUAGUUUAAGAAGUUUUUUUAGUUCUUUCGAAUGGAAUGAAUCGGAAUGACUUCCUAGUCACGAUGCUCAUGAUGCGUAAAACAAAAUAUCCAUUGUGCAGCCCUAAUUUCUGAUGUCUUAAUGAGGUUCAAGUUUUUUUUUUUAAAAAGCUUGUUUUAUGCUCCAUAAUAGGAAUCCUGUUCCACAGUUUCAUAUUUAUAAUAUUCUGUCUUUGUUUGUUUAUUUUGUGGUGUAAAAGGAAUUUUAUUUAAAGUAAUAAAAUCGAAGCCCUUCUCGUCACACAACAGUACUUAAUAAUAAGAAGUAAUGCCAAUUUAAAUGAUAAAAUUAUGUAUGUGAUGGUGCUUUUGAUUGUAGCAUCUGCUACAGUUGUAAGGCAAGCUAACUUCAUGGGAGCAGUAUUUGCACUUAUGUUAACGUGUUAUAGUUUGAUAGGUGCAUUUGAAACAGCCACUAAUGCACCAAACAGACUGGAUAUGUUUGAAAAGCAGUGAAAUGAGCCGUUGUUGGUCUGUGACCAAUCUUGCCAUGAUUGUUAAAAGCAUUUUAAAUGUAACAAUCUUACCUGUGGUUUCCUCAGAAUGUAUGUUGCAUCUAUGCAUAUGUGCUUUUUCAAAAUAUACCCAUUACUGCUGUACAUAAUAAAUGUAUAUAUUACUUAUUAUCAAUAA